AUGGCGAUGAUGAUGAUGGUGGUGGUGUUUGUGAUGGCGCUGAUGAUGUUGGUGGUGAUCAUGGUGAUGAUGGUGUUGAUGGUGAUAAUGGUGUUGAUGAUUUUUGGUGAUGAUGACGGUUAUGAUGACGGCGGUGUUGAAGGUGGUGAUGUUGGCGAUGGUGGUAAUGAUGUUGAUAAUGGUCAUUCUGGUGAUGAUGGUGUUGAUGGUGGUAGUGGUGGUGGCGAUUGUGCUAAUGGGGAUGAUGCUGGUGAUUGUGGUUAUGGUGAUGUUGGUGAUGAUGGUGGUGAUGGUGAUGAUUGUGUUAGUUGUGAUGUUGGUGGUGGUGGUGAUGAUGGUAGUGAUGAUGGGGAUGAUGGUUGUGAUGGUGAGGGUGGUGAUGAGGGUGGUGAUGGUGAUAGUGGUGAUGAUGAUAGUGGUGAUUAUGAUGAUGAUGGUAAUUCUGUCGGUGAUGGUGGUUGUGGUGAUGUUGGUGAUGAUGCUGGUGAUCGUGGUUAUGGUGAUGAGGGUGGUGAUGGUAUAUAG